AAGGAGAAAGUGGUGAGCUCUUUGACAGGGAUCCAUUUUACAUAGUGAAUGGCAAAAGUAAUUUGUGUUAUUGUAUUAUUAUCCAAUUUUAUCGAAAAAAUUGAUAUUUGAGUGCAUUUGGCGUGUCACACGACAAUCUAUUUGAAACUUCGCUUGCCAGGAAGCUGCUAUCGAUCAUUGGCAAGUGACUCCCACAGCACAAAAUAUCGAAAUUAAGCCAGCGAAAAUUAUUCUUCAACCAAGAAGGCGACGACUUCCGCGGAAGACACCUGUACAGAAGCAACCAUUUAUGGACUUGCCAAGAAAUUUGCAUGACUGCUACUUCUUCUACUAUUCGACAUGUAAGAAAGGAACAAAUUGCGAGUACCGCCAUGAAGUGGCGGCACUUGGCCAUGAGGAAACCUGCAAAAUGUGGGCCGAAGGUAAGUGCUACAACCGCACUUGCACGAUGCGUCACAUGAAAAUUGAGAAGCCCCGUUCGGCCACGCCAUGCUUUUGGGAGGACCAGCCGGGCGGUUGUCGUAAGCCGCACUGCGUGUUCCAGCAUAAGGUCCCGAAACCAAACGGAGCUUCCCCCCAUCCGGCCACCUCGAGCAGCAUGAUGCCACAGGUACCACAAGCGACGGCGGGACCUACGGCAACUACCGCUGCCACGACCCAUCUGCUCCAUACGACAUCGCCGGCAGUCGUCCUGGACUACAAUUAUGCGGCCCUGUUGCCUCGCAUAAUUUAAAACAACAAACCCGGCAUAACAUCCCGAAAAAAGAAGAAUCGAACGAUCGACGGAAACACAACAGGAUCAGCGCGCCUGUCUCCAUCUUGCUCCCUGCUGGCUUAAUCCCAACUUGAGCCCGUCGGUGGAAGCGAGAUAACAACAAUAGAGAGUGAAAGGAGGAGGCGAUGCAAUGUCUACCAUGGUCCCGUUGCGUCAGCAGUUAUAUUUUCUUCAAAGCUAUACCGUAUUGUGACAGCUCUAUUAUAUUAUUCUUUACCUUUUCCUAUACCCCUACCUGCCCCGCUUGCGUCGUUGAAAGCAGUUGAAGUUCUUUAAAACUUUUGUUAGUAAUCUUAAUCCAAAUCGUAAGCAAGAAGUUUUCAUUUAUCGUUUGGAUUACAUUUUACAACAACCUCUAAUUACUGGUUUUUUUUCGCUUCUAAUGUAUUCAUCAGUGCAAUAGAGUCAACGCUGUCGUGGCGAGCAGCGGAGAAAAGGAAAACAAACAAAAAAAAGUUGAUGAAUAGUUUCAAGUGAAGAUCGAGUGUUUUCAGCAAUCAAAUCGAACUUACUGCAUAUUCAAUUAAUUAUUUAACGAUUAAUUGUUUUUGAAACAAGUGAUUAUAAAUCAAUGAAAAUUUAUCUAUUAAUCACAGGUGUAUUGUUAUGAUUACUAUGCAUUAUUAUUAUCCUUAUUUAUAACCUACCAGAAUAAAAUAUGUGGAGAAAGGUUUUCGUUUCUUUCCUGAUUUUUUGCAUCCUAAACGAUAUGUAUUUCAUUGGUAUGAACUUACUAGCUCUAGUGUAGACAAAAGCUAAAUUAGUAAAAAAAUAACCAACAUCAUGCUAAAAACAACUGUUCUCAAAUAGAAGUUUUAAAGUCGCACUAUUCAAUAUUAUAUAUAAGAAAAUCUAGUAAUUGAAAAAAAUACUACAUAGAGGCACGUUUUUCAGGAGCGUUGAAUGCAUUUGCUAAAUAUUCAUUGCGGAAAGUUUUCGUUCUCCAGUUAUGAAACUCUUUCAAAUCGCAACGAGUUGAGAAGAAUAAUCAGUUGAUAAUAUGCACUGUUGACGAAAUUGUUCUCAACAAAGCAAAGUUUAGUGAAAAAGAUUCCUCAGUAAAAAAAAAAGAUUAGAGCAGCAAUAAGUGAAUCGCGCAUAACUGAAAAUCGACAGCCGAAACAUUUCCUUGUUUGUUUGAAAGUCCAAACAUCGCGAACUAAACAUAUUCGUAUUCUAUAUGUAAAAUCAUAGCAAAAUUUUAAAUAAAUGUAAUACCUACCAAAUUGUUCUGGCUGUUCUGAUGCUUUCUGGUAGUAAUUAUUUUCCAUCGUAUAGCAUCCGCAAAAAUGAGUAAAGUAAAAUAAUGUAUACAUACAAGAAACUAAUGAAACAAAAUACCUAGCUCUUCAAAAUUUUGUUAACACGCUCUCCAUAGCUUUGAGUGAUUUUACACAUACACACAUAUUAAAAAGUGUAGCAAUGUUGCGUUGAGUUCGACCAGUAAAAGAAUGCAUAAAACUUGAUCGAUUAAGCUCGACGCAAACUUAUUCCGGCGUCUGUAUGAUUUUUUCUUCAGAUAUUUUCUUAAAAAGAUCCAGUUGUCAUGCAACAGACAAACACAUAAACUGACGAUUAUUAACAAUAAAAAUGUAUAAUAUUUCUAAAACAAUUGCACUACACAGGAAAGUAACUAAAACUAAAUAAGAUGGAAUCAUAAAAGCCGCAAAACCGUGUUAGCUAAAAGAAUGAAAGUUAAGUAACUAAGCAAACCCAAAACGAUAAGAAAAUAAAACCCAAGAUUUGCUGAACAAAAUUAUAACUACAAUACCACAACUAUACUGAAAAAAAACAGUUUGGAAGUGUAAGUCUCAAAAAAAUUAUCAAUAAAGCAACCGAAACAACACGAAAAACAA